ACGGUAUCAGUGUCCACGACGGUGUUCCGACUGUACGGUCGUCGGUUGCAGUCAGUAAAAGUGCGCGAAAAACAGUAUAAUAAACACAGUGCACGCGAGUUAAGUUCGUCGCGUUCGUAAUCAUUAAUUUUUUUAUCGACAAGUUUUUUUUUUUCGUAAAAUAAUUUCAAUUAUUAUAUAAACAUAAUAUGUGUACAUAUUAAUUCAUCGUUUUAACGUUUUUUUUUCCGAAGAUCUUUCACACGACUGAAAUUUUUAGAAUACGAUAAAUCUUAUUGACAUAGUACAGUGAAUGGUCUACGACGGACGCGUUUACGACGGCGGCGCGGUGGGCCUAAAAUGGACAAGUGGCGAUGACCAGCGGGGACGAUCGGACGACGACGACCGCGGACGAUGACAAUGAUGCAUCAGUGGAUUGCACUGGUCGCGGCCGUGCUGAUAAUCAGUGGCCACGUGGCCAGUGCUCAAAGUCUGUGCGACACACCACAGUGCGAAUGCGAUGACACUCUGUCACAAGUCCGGUGCUCGUGCCGCAAAGUGCCUCACGAAUCGCAGGAUAUCGUGUUAAAAGCUCAAGGACCGGGACACGUGCCUCGGGUGGCCGCGAACGUGAUCGUCACGCAAUGCGAUCGGGUCAAAGUGAUGGCCAUGGCGUUCGACGGGGCUAGGUCACUGUGGACAGUGGAUAUCGAAUCGGUGCGCCGGCUGGAAUUGGCGGACGAGGCGUUCGGCUGGUCGGAAAACGGUAGCGGCGGCCCGGGACAGCCGCCACAGGCGCAGCAUCAUCAUCACCAGGGCCUCGCGGUGACCAUAACCAACGUAACAUCGGUACCGGAACUGCCCAGCUACACGUUCCGCGGCCGGCUGCGGUCGGCAACGUUCAACCGGGUGCGUAUCGACGUGAUCCGGCCAUUCGCGUUCAGCAGCCUGACCGGGACAACGGGCCGGAUCGAGUUCCGGGACACGGUGUUCGGGCAGGUCGACCAGCAAGCGUUCAAAAAGUUCGCCGUCAACGAGUUCGUGCUGAAGGGGUGCCGGUUCGAGGGCGCGGCGCCCAGCCGCAUGCUCACCGAGAUCACGGUGCACGACGAGCUCCGGUUGGACGACGUUACGUUGCCGGUGGUCCAGAGUUACGCGUUCCGCGUGCACGGGCCUAAGGUGUUUCGUGUGCAGAAUAGCCGGGCGGGGUGCGUGCAGAGCGGCGCGUUCGAGGUCAAGUGCCGCGGACCCGCGUUCGUCGAGGACAACGCGUUCGGCCGGCUGGAGCGCGGCGCGUUCGCCGGCGUCACGGUGGACGCGCACAAGGUGGCCGAGGCCGAUUACCAGGAGUUCGUGUUCGAGAACAAUACGGUGGCCGAGUUCGAGGACGACGCGCUCGUGUUCGACACCAACGGGUUCCGGCCGCGCAUGGACUGGCUGAUCGUGGGACGGGCGUGCGGGUGCCCGGCCCGGUGGCGUACCGACCUAGUGGCCUUCUCCACGGACUAUCCGCGGCACACCGACCGUCCCAGUUGGGUGGUCGAGCAGACGGCGUGGUGCGCGACGCCCGACGACGACGGCGUCGGCAACUUUGGUCAGUUGGUCAAAGCGCAACAGUACGACGAGACGCAUUGCUCGGCGGGCGGCGGACGCGGCGCAGGCGGUCUGAUGAGCCGUUAUCACCUAACAUUCGUGGCCGUGGUGGCCGUGGCUGCGCUCACGGCCGCGCUCGUCGGUUGGGCGUGGUACAAGAAACGCAAGCGGGGCCAGUGGACCAACGUGCCGGCGUCGUCGCCGCUCAAGAACCGUUCAAUACUGAAGAACGGUGGCGGGGGUGACGGAAGCGACAAGCGCAGACACGUGAUGGUCAUGCCCGAGGGAAAGACUUACAGAGAAACGGAGUUGCAUGUGAUCGUGGAGCGGACGGGUUCGACGGACAGCCAAUACAGGUCUACGACUAAUUACCAACAUCGGAGAGCAACACAACCGUUGACCAGUGAUUUGUAACGGGUUAUUUUUUAUUCCCGAUUCCUAUUAAUUAUGGUUUUAUUUAUUAUUUUUUUUUAUUUUUUUUUUCGUUUUGAUUUUUAUAAACCUAUUCCGAUUUUUCUGUAUUAUAUUAUAAUAAUAUAUUAUUAUGUACAAAUUAACAAAUUCAUCCUAAGACGUCAGUUUCUAUAUGAUCGGUAUUUUGUAUUUAUAAUUUGUGAUCAUAUAUUUUGUAGACAAACGACUGACUGCAAUAAUGUUACAUAUAAUAUUAUACUAUAACUAUAUUAUUAUCGCCACCAGUCGCCAGUAAACAAAUAAACCAAUUGUAUUUUAUUGAGUUAAAAAAAUUGCUUCUGAACAAUAAAUAUCUAAUGUUUUCCUUUUAUAACAAUAUUAAAUGAACAUACGUAUACAGAUUU